CGGAUUGUUCAUCGGAGAGCGAGUCCCGCGAACUCGCCGUGGUCGUCAAACGCGAUCACUUGGUAUUUAGAUCAAGAUGCGAAUCGCGCGAUCGUUUCGCGUAUAAAAACGUUCGGAAGAAACAGCGUUGAAAUACGGAUAAUGCGCGUGUUAAAAGUCGAGUUUAUCAGAUUAGCGUGUUAACCUUCGUCGUCGCGUGUCGCACGCGGAUUAUGACGUAGCGAAAAACUGCGGACGUAAUACCAUGAGCAAGCUUAGAUUAGGGUCAGAGUAUAUUCCUUUGGUGGAGGAGGAGGACAUGUCGAAGGCUCGUGUCGUUGUGCCGUUUUCCAAAGUGGCAUGGUUUACCGUGUCACUGCCGUUCCUGGCGUUCAUCUUCUGCGUCGUCUGGUCGGUCCUGUAUAAUUUCGAGCAUUCUACUUCCACUCAUUGUCAGGUGUACAAUUUCUUGCCCUCUGUCUCCGCAGCCAUUGGUCACUACAAACCUCAGAGAGAUAUCUGGAAGACUGCUAUAGCGUUGCAAGCGAUAGUGCGAACUUUAAUACUUAAGAUGUAUUAUCAAUAUUACAGAGAUCACGUCUACAAAUGGGCUCAAUAUUUAGCCAAUAUUGCGCUCGUUAUGUAUGCCAUUGAAAACACAUCUCUGGUAACAUUGAGCUUCUGGACUUCCGACGAAAGUUACGCAUUUCAUAAGAUGUCUUUUAUAACUUUUUUGCUGACGUCAUUUAUACACAUGUUCUUAGCGUAUUACAUUAUGAGAAGAUGUCUAAAUGUUGCAAAAGACUUUAACGAUGCUUCUUUGAAGUGGAAACGAAGAUCAAUGAUGUCGAAUGUGAUUUCUAUAGCAGUAGCGUGUUAUUUCUUUUAUAGACACAAUAAAUACUGUGAACCUUUAGUGUAUUCAAUGUUUGCAUUGAGCGAAUAUGGUGUUGUAAUUUCAAAUAUGGGAUAUCAUCUCACAGCAGCACUGGAUUUUGCUACAACACGUCUCAUGAUAUCAGGAAAUAGAUUUAAAAUUAUUUAAAAAUAUUUCGGAUUAAAAAAUCAAAUACAAAGGUCACAAAUUUGCAUCAAAUUUAUGUAUGCUUGAAGAGGUAUUGUAUAUUCCUGUAUAUACUUGUUUAUACUGUUUUCAUCUACAAUCGUUACGUUCUUAAAUUUCCAUAUUGAAAAUAUUUUGUUAAAUACCACACAUAAAAAAAUAAUGUUUGAUAAAAUAAUAUUUUUUUAUCACAUAUUUUACAGCGAUUAUGAUAAAAAAAAAAUGUAUUACAUAGAUCGAUUGACUUUAAACAUUAAUUAUCAAGAUUUUUAUAAAAUUGCUUUUUAAAAAUGUUUUGUUAGAUUUAUGUUACGAAUGAC